UCCAAAUGACAAUCGUGGCCAGAUUACCAACAAUUAUUGUCAACAUUGUGUGAAGGAUUCUCCAUUGUUUUCUGUAUUCUAGUUUGAUUUCUACGCGUGGUUUUUCUAAUAUUUGCAUUGUAGAGUUUAAGAAAACUAAGCUUAGUAAAAUACCUAUGAUAGGUCUGUGUUUGAUAAGUGAAAGCUAGUUCAGUCGCCAUGGCAUCCCGAAUAGUCGGCUGGUGGCGUCACACCCUGAAGCGAAGACCGGUGCUCACGAACACAGCUGUAUACGCCACGUUCUAUACCGCAGCUGAAUUCUCACAGCAAACUUUCAAUAAGAUGUAUACGCCAGAAAAGCCAGACUAUGAUUUAGCAGCGGCCGGCAGAAUAGUCGCGACGGGGAGCUGUCUCUACCCAACGACUCUAUAUUUUUGGUAUAGAUAUUUAGAUAGACGUUUCGUAGGCACAUCGGUGAAGGCUGUACUGUCUAAAGUUGCAGCAGACCAGUUCAUUAUGACACCAGCGUUAAUUGCUGCCUUCUUUACGAUGUUGGGUGUCCUAGAAAGGAAGGAAGAUGUAUUUGAAGAGCUGAAACAAAAAUAUUGGAAGACAUUUGCCGCGAAUCAAGCGUUUUGGAUUCCGGGACAGAUAAUAAAUUUUGCAUUCGUGCCAUCGAAUUUGCGUGUCGUUUACGUUUCUUCAGCAUCUUUCAUUUGGAUAAAUGUUUUAUGUUUUAUAAAAAGGCAAAAGGUUGAUAAAAAUGAAUAAGAUAAAGGAAUCUCAGCUAAUGCUAGAUAAGCUAAUGAUAGAAACUUCUUGCUCUAUUUUUUGAUAAUAUGUAAUUAAAUCCGUUUUUAAUUACAUAAAACGGCUGCCAUCAGUUCAGUACCUGAAACUAAACACUUUUUUAAAGAUUACUAUUGGCUUUUUUUAAGUACAUAUAUCUACCUAUUGUUAUUGUUAUGUAUAGAAUAAGAUUGUACAUAAGUUAUUAAUGAGACCUAAUGUACCUACAUAUCACAAAUAAUUUCAUUAAUCGCUGUAAUUUACAUAUUUUGGAAUAAUACAUUUUCAAAUAUG